GGAGCCAUACAUAAGUGAGAGACCUCUUCCUGUUCGAGCCUCUGUCAUUUCCAACCAUCGACCGCUCAAUCGAAAGUCUCAACACAAUGACUACCAUGGAUCCCAAAGAUCAACUCCAUCCCUACUACCCCCUCAAUGCUCAAAUCCGUGGUUAUGCUCCCAACGAGGCUUCCUUACUCAGUAUCCUCAGUACUGCUAGCGUGGGCGCGGCAGCUUUACUGGGAAUUAUUUUCACCCUGACCAGUAGACUUCGACCAACGCUAAAGAAUGCCGACCGUCUUGCUAUCCUGUGGUUUGCUCUCUCGGGUACGAUCCACUGCUUCUUCGAGGGUUAUUUCAUGAUCAACCAUGCUCGUAUGGCAUCCGCGCAGGACUUCUUCGGUCAGCUAUGGAAGGAAUAUGCCCUGUCGGAUUCGCGAUACAUGACCUCAGAUACCCUCGUCUUAUGCAUGGAGACUAUCACGGUCCUUCUUUGGGGCCCGCUCUGUUUUCUGGUUGCAUACUUGACCCUUUCUCAGCAUCCUCUGCGCCAUCCAUUGCAGAUCAUCGUGUGCAUGAGCCACCUCUAUGGCGAUGCUCUGUACUAUGCGACCAGCUUGUUCGAUCACUACGUUCAUGACCGACCGUACUGCCGCCCGGAGCCUUACUACUUUUGGGUGUACUAUUUCCUCAUGAAUUUCAUCUGGAUUGUGGUUCCAUUCUACUAUCUCUACCGGAGUAUCCGGACAAUAACUGAGGCUCUUAGAGUCGUGGAAAAUACUUCCAAACAGCGCAAGGACUGAUAAGAGAGACGUACAGUGAGCAAUGAUGUCACCCGUUUAUAAACGGAACAGCAUCUAGAUGAGGGGUAGUGCUGGCUAACGCAGACCAAGGGCCUUGACCUUUCCCUGACCAUGCAUGCGUUUAAUCUCAAGAGGGCAUUCCCGCAUGAGAUGAUCUUUGCUUCGGCCGGAACAGCCCUCUCUUGUUGAGUCUCCAAUCAACAGCACCCGAGUGGGAAAAAGCAAUCCGCAUAGCCCAGUG